AUGUCAGUAGCCACUUUCAGGGAUAAAAAUGAUCAAGUUGGACUACCACCUGUUAAAGGUGUCUCUACUAUUUAUGUUUACUUUAAUUCAAAAAAUUCUCGAGGGAUACCACUCCUAAUCACAUACCAGCAAGAUUUUGGUGAAAAAUCUUGGUUCAGAAGAAACACUAAAUCUGGAAAUACCUGGAGUGAAGUAUGCCAGUAUGAGAGACCUACAGAUCCUAGCGAUGACAGUGAUAAUAAAAUCAAGGGUCUUCUCCAACAUCUGGGAUAUUAUCCUUCUAUCAUUCCAGAUCUCUCAAAUCUCGGUAAUUACUCUGAUGAAAGUACAGACAUAGGUGUAACCGUUAGAGCUAGUUUUAUUGAGGAUGGCUAUUCUAAAUUUGAACAUUCUCUGAGGGGUGGUCUCUUUGAACUGAAAGGAGUUAUCCAUGGAACGGGAAAUACUCCACUUACUGGUAUAUCCUCUAAUUAUCCCAUUGAGAGUGUUUCUGCUUAUUACUAUGGAGGAGCUGAUCCUCAAGAUAUGUCUAAGCUCCUCCUUGUUGAAUUUGUUAUAAAAAAUAAUCAAACCACGUACAAGUACUACCAUAAACAAAACAAGGAAGAUCUCACAUGGUCUGAAUAUUCUGUACCUGGACAAGGAACUACUCAACUAAGGGGUACCCCUCUAAAGGAAGAACUUGACAAACUUAAGAAGGUACAAUCUCCUGAUCAUUCACCGAGCAUUGGUCAACAGAUACUUGGUUUCAUUAAUUCUACGCCUGUUAAGAUUGGUGGAGGAAGUCUAGCAACGGGAGUGGGUGGAAGUGCCUUAGGAUAUGGUGGAUAUAAGCUAUUUAUCUCCCUAAUAGCUCGUCUGUAG